CACAUUGCAGCGGCCCACUGCACGAAAACGUGAUGGACGGUCGUAGGUUGUGAGUGCCGUUAAGCUUAUCCGUUCCGCACGCGAGCGAAACGAGCGAUACUCAUCCGGGUGAGUCGCGGUCGCGGUUUCUAGCUGGCUCAGGUAAUCAUCAUCGAAUCAUCCGCAAUGACUAGUUUAACGCCACGCACGGCGUUCGGCAUCGCCGCAGGCGUAUGCGGCACGCUCUUCCUCGGCUACUGCAUCUACUUCGAUCACAAACGGCAUAAAGAUCCCGAAUUCAAACGAAAACUGCGAGAGAAGAGGAGAGCAAAGAAGGCUGCUGGUAGUGGCAAACGCCACAUUACAAGCUUCCCAAAUAUGAAGGACCACGAAGCGGUGCAACGCUUUUUCCUCCAGGAAGUUCAACUGGGUGAGGAAUUACUCGGCGCUGGCGAUUUGGAAAACGGCGUCGAGCAUCUAGCGAACGCUGUCGCCGUCUGUGGACAGCCGAAUGAGUUACUGCAGGUACUACAGCAAACGCUGCAACCGCAAGUGUUCCAUCUGCUUAUCAACCGACUGCCGAACAUCGCGCCGCGCAUUGUCGCGCACGAACGGAAGAUGCAAGAGGACGACAUUGAAUAAGCGCAUGUCAUUGCCUUUUGUUGCUGCUAGUCGCGAAACAGUUAGAUGUAUGUAUGUCCAGGAUUUAAAAAUGAACAACGUUUUAAGUAACGCUCGCAUCUCCAAUUCUCUUAACAAACAAGCAAACACCGUUUAAUUCAAACAAAAAAAAACAAUCUGCGCAACUACAAAAUUUCUAUUCCAAAUGAAGCACCACUUUGGAAAAUCUCAUGUGUUACGUUUAAGUAGGAGAACACCGGCUCGGCAAUGUUUUUCUUUUUCUCUCGCUGGGCAGACUAUUGAAUACUUGAUGUAAAGUUUUGAAUAAACAAUGAAACCAAACAGCGCCGCGCUGAUUAUGUUAUAUAUUCAUUGAAUCGUGUGAGAUAGAACUCUGUAUAUGUAAAAUGGAUGGCCUGCAUGCACAACUCUCUCGGUAUAUUUUUAUUCCACUUGUUAUGAAGACUUAAGAUUCAUAUCUACGUUUCCCAGGGAAAACCGUGAUUGAAUUUGAUGGAAAAUUAUAAUAGACGAUAUAUUGAACAUGAUACACAUUGAUUGAGGGCGAUUUGCGUACGCGCAAACUUACAAUAAAUUGUUGAAUGAUAGAUGUUGGCAAUAAAAUUCUAAUGUUGGAUGA